AUGAGUAAGCUUUGGGUGUUGCUUCUCUCGGUCUUUGUCCUCGGGACUCUCUGCCAGAUACCGGAUGUUGACGAUAUCGUUGAUCAAGCACUCGAUGAUACUGAACCGAUGGGAGGAUCCAUGCCAAUUGCCGAUUGCCCUGACCAGGUCUGCCCAAAAGGAUUCUACUGCCGUAAAGGAGUUUGCACUUACUGGCAACCUAUCAAGAAAUUUGCGGAUCAGGACAACGUCACAGCUAGACGCAAGCGUAAAUCUAAGAGAUUCAUCAAGAAGAACAUGAGACCUGGAAUGAAUUGCAAGGAAAGAUAUGAAUGUCCACAUGGUAUGACAUGCACCAAUGGAUUGUGCCUUUGA